CAUGAAUUGUUUUAUGAAUUACUUUAUUGAUUCUUUUAGUUAUUAACAUUUUUGCAGUUAUUUCUUAUCAGCUACGGUUUCACAGGAUUACAAUAUUCUAAAAUAAUACAAAUAUCAUCAUGACAACUGCAUCGCAAUCUGGUGGAGAUAUACAGAAGAAAAUUGCUUUGGCAAGACAGGAAGCUAGGAUUUUAUAUAAUGAAGUAGAACAAACAAAGCUUAGAACUAAAGAUGUUAGUUUGGUAGAUGUAACAACCAAAAUAGAAUCUUUGCCUAAAAAUUAUAAUAAUCUAAAAUUGUAUAAUACUUUAAAGGGGCAUCAAACAAAAAUCGCAAAGAUUGUAUGGAGUUCAGAUUCUUCAAGCAUACUAUCUGCUAGUCAAGAUGGUUAUAUGAUUAUAUGGGAUGCUGUGACAGGAUUUAAGAAACAGGCUAUAACUCUAGAAAACCAAUGGGUAUUAACGUGUGGAUACUCUCCCAACAUGAACUUAGUUGCAGCAGCUGGAUUAGAUAAUGUCUGUACAGUUUACAGAAUUAAAUCAGACACUAAUGAGCAUGGAAAUGGAGAUUCUACAAUCCAAGGUUAUCAAAUGUUUGGCACCUUCUAUCAGUCAGUUCAAUCAAUAUUUAAGGGUCAUACUGCCUACAUAUCGGAUUGUGAGUUUAUAAGUAAUCUGCAGAUAAUAACAGCAAGUGGAGAUAUGACAUGUGCUUUAUGGGAUAUUUCCAAAGGGAGUAAAGUGAGAGAGUUUAUUGAUCAUUUAGGUGAUGUUUUAUGUAUUGAUUCUUUCCCCCAGAAGAAGAGCAAUAAUCCUAAUCUAUUUAUAUCUGGAUCAUCAGAUGGGAAUGUUAAACUUUGGGAUUUAAGAUCCCCAACCAGUUCUCAGAACUUUUAUGUUUCUAACAGUGAUGUAAAUACUAUUAAACUAUUCCCCAACGGGAAUUCGUUUUUAACUGGAUCAGAUGAUGGAUUAAUAAGACUCUUUGAUUUCAGAUCAGACUGUGAACUAAAUACUUAUUCGCUAGCCAAUCAAUUUGCUCAACAACGGCAGCAACAGAUACGACAGCAAAUGACUCAAACACUUAAACAACCAUUAUUUUCAUUUCACAGAAAUAAUAAUGGUACAAGUAGUCCAACAGAUACUUUCAGCUUACUGAGUAUAUAUUCAAGUUUUGAAAAUCCUGGUGUAUACUCUAUAGAUUUCAGUAAAAGUGGAAGAUUGUUUUAUGCUUGUUAUUCAGAAUUUGGAUGUAUGAUCUGGGAUACUUUAAAGCAAGAGAUUGUUGGAUCAGUAGGUAAUGAUCAUUCCAAUAAGAUCAAUCAAGUUAGUGUUAGUCCUGAUGGAAUUGGAUUAGCUACAGCAUCAUGGGACUCUACUAUCAAGAUAUAUUCGGCUUAAAGAGAUGAGAUUGGCGCAAGAA